AUGUCAGAUUUUGUACCGGUGAACCCAAAACCAUUUUUGAGAGAUCUAAUAGAUAAGCGUGUUGUGGUGACGCUGAAGUUUAACAAUACCAAGUAUAAGGGAACUUUGGUAUCUUCUGAUAACUAUUUUAACGUGCAAUUAAAGGACACUGAGGAAUUCGUUAAUGACAAAUCUGCAGGUAAGAUUGGAGAAGUGUUUAUUAGAUGUAAUAACGUUCUGUGGAUAGGGCAAGACUUAGACGCCAAAUAG